AUGCGCCUGAUUGGAAACAUCUAUGCUGCUAGAGAAUGGUCAGCCCAGCUCAAAGAGAGUGUCGAGAGCUGCUUCUCUGAAGCAAACAUAGCACAUCCGAUCAUGGUGCAGUGCCGACUACUGUACUCAGUAGCGCUGUUCUGGUAUAGCUACAAGAUUGAGGCUAAGCAACAAAUGGAUCUUGCAGUCCGACUGGCACUUGACCUAGAUAUGUUCCAACAAGAGUUCGCAACAGCUCAUGGAGCCGAAGAUCCUGUGCUGGCUGAGAGUUGGAGGCGAACGUGGUGGCAGCUAUAUAUCAUCGACGCAUAUUAUGCUGGAACUCUAGGAACCAUGAACCUUACGGUCGUAGAUGUAGAUGCCACUGUGGAGUUGCCUUGCGAAGAGUCGGAAUAUGAAUCCGGGAACAUUCCGAAGCCAAAAACACUCUCAGAUUUCGAUUGCCGUGAAUUCGCUUCGGAGGACACCUCAUUCUCCUCCUUUGCCUACCUCAUUAGUGCUGUUCGAUGCGCAGCAUUGGCUAUAUCCACGGCGCCCAAGAUCACAAAUAGGGAAGACUCAAGCCAGGUCAUUGAGAAUGCCGACUCCAUCAUCGAAGGAUGGUCGCUUUUACUACCGCAAGGCCGCAAACAGGUCAUGACAAAGGCUGGAGAAAUCGACGAGCUCUUGUUUCAGGCGCAUAUGCUCGUAAAUGUGUAA